AUGCAACAGCUGGACGAGGAGCAAGACACGGCCCAACCGCACCAGCCAGACGACAAUCCCUACGAGCCACUCACCAACGACUCGACUCCUCCACCCCGCGAACAUGACCUUACCAAGCGACUCUUGCAUCUGCAACCCCACGACCAACCCCACAAUGGACGAAGUCAGUCUGCAAGCAGGCCUAGGAGGUCCAUUUCCGGUCGGCGGAAAGCCUCAACUUCUAGACAUUCUGGGGCUCUGGCAGAAGCUUCCUUGACUGCCCAAAUGAUGGACAUAUCUGGGGACAAAAAGACAAAUGGAGAUUCUGUCGCGAAGCCUGGUCUUGGUCCAAGACCAGUCGGUGGCGAUGAAAAGUUGGGGAUGUUCUCUGGAGUAUAUGUGCCAACAUGUCUCAACGUAUUAAGCGUUCUUAUGUUCCUGAGGUUUUCUUUCAUACUAGGCCAAGGAGGAGUUCUUGGAAUGAUGGGCAUGCUGAUCGCUGCCUAUGUGAUCAAUCUCGUCACUACCCUCUCUCUUUCUGCUAUUGCGUCAAAUGGAACAGUUCGUGGCGGAGGAGCAUAUUACCUGAUCUCAAGAUCUUUGGGGCCCGAAUUCGGAGGAUCGAUUGGGCUGGUGUUCUACAUGGGAUUUGUUUUCAAUACUGGGUUGAAUGCAGUCGGUCUCAUUGACUGUAUCAAUCUAAACUUUGGGGCAGUUUCAGGGAACUGGGCUCAGGUCCUGCCGGAAUCGAGGUGGUAUUCGUAUUUAUGGAGUACCAUUGUUCUGGUAGUCUGUACUGGAAUAUGUCUCGCUGGAUCGUCCAUCUUUGCCCGUGCUAGCAAUGGACUAUUGGUCGUUCUCCUCAUUGCUACCCUCUCUAUCCCCUUCUCAGCAUUAGUCGUCUCGCCUUUCGAAAGCCGAAGUUUAGGAAUCGAAUACACAGGUAUUAGUGGGACAACAUUUGUUGGAAAUCUCAUGCCAAGAUUAACGAAGGGGGCUGCUGGCAGUCAGCUUCGCGGCAAAGAAACCUUUCAAGAUCUAUUUGGCAUCUUAUUUCCAGCCACUGGCGGUAUCUUCGCAGGUGCGAGCAUGUCGGGAGAUCUUAAAAAUCCCAGCAAAUCUAUACCUAAAGGAACCUUGUAUGGUCUCGGCACUACAUUUGUGCUAUAUACUCUUGUCAUACUGGCAAUGGCAGCAACAAUAACUAGAGCCUCGUUUGCCAGAAACGCAAAUAUCAUUCAGGAUACGAAUGUUUCAGGAAUUGUUGUUCUUGCUGGCGAGUUUGCUAGUUCGUUCUUCUCAACACUGAUGGGCGUCAUUGGCUCCGCAAAGCUUUUGCAGGCUCUGGCACGAGAUAAUUUGCUGCCCGGAUUCUCCAUCUUUGGACAAGGCACGACACACGGGGACGAGCCUACAUACGCGAUCAUCAUCACAUAUAUUGUAGCACAGAUCACAAUGCUCUGCAAUCUGAAUCAAAUUGCGUCUUUCACGACUAUGACCUAUCUUAUGACCUUUCUUGUUAUGAACCUGGCUUGCUUCUUAUUGAAGAUUGGUUCAGCUCCGAACUUCAGACCUUCAUUUCAUUUCUUCAAUUGGCAGACUGCUUUUUUCGGCACAGUUAUAUCUGCCGUUGCUAUGUUCUUCGUCGAUGGCCUUUACGCAACAGGUUGUGUAGGAAUCCUCAUUGCGAUUUUCCUUGUGAUUCAUUAUACUAGUCCGCCAAAGAGUUGGGGAGAUGUCUCUCAGAACUUGAUUUAUCAUCAAGUACGGAAGUACCUCCUCAGACUGAAACAGGAGCAUGUAAAAUUCUGGCGCCCCCAGAUUUUGCUCUUCGUCAACGACCCCCGCCGUCAAUAUAAGUUAAUUCAGUUCUGCAAUUCCAUGAAGAAAGGCGCUCUAUACAUUUUGGGUCAUGUCAUAGUUACAGACGACUUCGGAGGGUCUGUUCCAGAAGCAAGACGACAGCAAGCAGCCUGGACAAAGUAUAUCGACUUCUCAAAGAUCAAGGCUUUUGUGAACAUUGCAAUAUCUCCAGGGGUCGAAUGGGGUGCUCGAAAUAUUGUCCUCAGUGCUGGGCUAGGGGGUAUGCGACCUAAUAUUGCGGUCAUGGGAUUCUACAAUCUGGACGACCUGAGAAGAAAUCUGCCCUUAAUCGAUAUUCCCGAGCUUGCUCAAUCGCCUGAGCUUAGACCCAAGUCUUCCGAGGCUGGAGAGCGGACUCACAAGGAUAGCAAAGAUGCCAAGUUGCAAGGAAUACUACCGACAGACACUUGCAGAACGGAAGGCAUGAUGAGUGUGACGAGCUAUGUCACAAUUCUCGAGGAUCUCCUUUUGAGACUUCAGAUCAACGUUGCUAUCGCAAAAGGCUUCCAAGACCUCGAAUUCCCUGAGCCUCAUGCCGAGAAUGGCAAGAGAUACAUAGAUUUAUGGCCGAUUCAGAUGUCUGCCGAAAUCGCUUCAGAAGGCGACAACAAGCAGAACGUGCUAACAACCAACUUUGACACUUACACGUUGAUCUUGCAGCUUGGUGUCAUCUUGAACACGGUACCUGCCUGGAAGAAGGCCUAUAAACUUCGAGUUAUUGUGUUCGUGGAGUAUGAAUCAGAUAUCGAGGAAGAACGAGGCCGAGUUCAGUCACUUCUAGAAAAUCUUCGAAUCGAAGCAGAAGUCGUUGUCCUCUGGCUAGCCUCGGGAAAGCUAUCAACUUAUGAGAUCAUUGUGAAUGGUGCAGAUCCGGGCAAAGAAGCCAUUGAAGAGGUUGAAGAUUGCUUGGGAGGUCAAGAAUGGUGGGACGAAAUUCAAAAGAUCCGAGGAAAACGUGGGCCAACUUCUGGAUCCGAAGAUCUUGCUGAGAUUGCGAGCAUCUUUACAACUGGUUCAAAUUGGCCGGAAGCAUCUUUCCAGCAAGGUCCAAGAGACGAAAGGCAUACUAUGAGCGGUAUCACGAAAUAUGGUGUCAGUCUGAAUAUGAGGACUCAUCGACUGUCUGAUAACAUUGUCAAUCACCACGCAGCGACAGCCAGUGCGAGUGAAGACUCGAGUAGCGACUCAGAAGAUUCCAGCGAUUCGGAAGCCAUUGAGACUGGCUCCGAGGAUGGGAGUCAAGGCGCUGCAAGCGCUGCCAGCGAAGGAGAUAUUGAUGACUUCGAGUCUUCUAGCGAUUCUCCCAUAUCACCCACAAAGACGACUAUCCGUAGACGUCGGAGUCACGGUGACACGAUGAGAGGACCACCACCAUCUAAAAGAUCAACGGGCGAAAAGGAAGUGAAAGUUCCGGAACGGACACCGAGAAGACCUCCCCUGCCCGAGUUUCCCGCCACGACUUCAGCCGUGGAAGGCUCGUCGAUAAUUUCGGGACCGGACCUCUCAUUCAGAAGAUCCGAAAGUCCGAACAGAAAGCCACCCUCUCUUUCCAACCUAUCAACAUCACUAAAAGCAACAUCAGAAGGGUCAGGAAGCAAGCCCGCCUCCUUGAAAGAACUCGACAAAGCCCUAAAGGAGCCCGACAAGUCUGCAAGACCCGAAUCGUCCGCAAAUGCCCGUCCAGCUUCUGUCCGUUCCGAGCGUCCUUCUAUCUCCCGACACGCAUCUCAGCCAAAAUUCACUAGCAAGCCUGUGCCAAUGACCAGAGUCGCCACAGAGGAUGGCCCGGGACCGAGCAUCAUGUUCACCGAGACUCCGUCUCCGCCCGUACAUGCGCGCGCGAAUCGAUUACCGUCCGCCUAUCGUCCCAAUUUAUCGGACAACAUCUCCGAGGUCUCGGAGCCGCAGGACAUUUCUACCUCUCGCCGAGGCUCAACUUAUUCAACUCAGGCAUUGCCGUUAUCUUUCAAUGACCUUCCAUGCAGAGCCCAGCAUCUGAUUUUGAAUGAGUUGAUGCGGAGUAAGAGUCGGUAUACGGCUGUUAUGUUCACUACGCUUCCGAGUCCGAUCGAAGGCACAUGUCAGAGUGUUGAAGCGAGUGCGGGGUAUUUGAGUGACCUAGAGGUACUGUGCAAAGGGUGUCCGCCGGUGUUGAUGGUGCAUAGCAAUAGUAUGACUGUUACUAUGAGUUUGUGA